AUGGCAUGCAACGUGAAGGGAACAGCGUUCAUCACGGGUGGUGGAUCAGGAAUCGGAAAAAGUACCGCAAUCGCCCUCGCGCAGAAUGGACUCAGCGCCGUGACUCUAGUGGACAUGAAUGUUCCUCUACUCGAGAAAACCCGUGACGAGCUUCGCGCACAAUUCCCAAGCCUCGCAGUGGAGAUCCUGGAGGUGAAUGUCGCAAACGAAGAAUCCGUCGAAUCUGCAGUUCAGAAGACAGUCCAGCGGUUCGGCCGUGUGGAUAUCGGUAUUAACUGCGCUGGCAUCAGUGGCAUCCCUACCCCUACUGCUGAGAUGUCACUGGUGGAGUGGCAGAAGGUCAUCGACGUGAACCAGACAGGCGUGUGGCUGUGCCAGAGGGCUUUGAUUCGGCAGAUGCUGAAGCAAGACUCUCGCGGAUUUCGAGAAGGUCGCGGCGUGAUUGUCAAUGUCUCCUCUAUGUUUGGCGUUAGUGGGCCACCUGGACCAUUCAGUAUUCCACACUACACAGCAGCAAAGCACGCUGUUGUUGGCCUUACAAAGAUGGAUGCCAAAGCAUAUUCUCGUCAAGGAAUCCGUAUCAAUGCGAUCUGCCCCGGAUUCGUCGAUACGCCUAUUAUCAAGGAACAAAUCGAAUCAGGCUCAAUGAACCCUGCAUUUGAGAUGACCCCCGUCGGUCGGCCGGCACAGGUGGAGGAAAUUUCUGAUGCGCUUCUAUUCCUGUCAUCGCCCAUGAGUAGCUACAUGUGCGGUGCAGCUCUAGUCGUGGAUGGAGGAUACACUGUCUAG